AAAAACCCUAAAAUCGAUCAAAAGCCCAUAUAUAUAGCAUUCCUCCCUUGCGCCGUCGAACAGUGUACCCCUCUUUCCUAGGGUUUCGCUGAGCUACUCUUCUGCGAACUUCAAACACUCGAUUCGCUUCUCUCACUGUUUCACCCAAAAAUGGCGGCGACUCAAAUGAGCAAAAAACGAAAGUUUGUUGCUGAUGGAGUGUUCUUCGCUGAGCUCAACGAGGUACUCACCAGAGAGCUUGCAGAGGAAGGUUACUCCGGCGUUGAAGUCAGGGUUACGCCGAUGCGUACUGAGAUCAUCAUAAGAGCUACUCGUACUCAGAACGUUCUCGGUGAGAGGGGAAGAAGAAUUCGGGAGCUGACAUCUGUUGUCCAGAAACGCUUCAAGUUUCCAGAUGGUGGUGUUGAGCUUUAUGCUGAGAGGGUUAACAACAGGGGUCUAUGUGCUAUUGCUCAGGCUGAGUCUCUGCGUUAUAAGCUCCUUGGGGGCCUUGCUGUCCGCAGGGCUUGCUAUGGUGUCCUACGAUUUGUUAUGGAGAGUGGUGCAAAGGGGUGUGAGGUAAUCGUUAGUGGAAAGCUGAGGGCACAGCGUGCCAAGGCAAUGAAGUUUAAGGAUGGAUAUAUGAUAUCCUCUGGUCAGCCUGUUAAUGAAUACAUUGAUUCUGCUGUGAGACAUGUGCUUCUUAGACAGGGUGUUCUUGGAAUCAAAGUCAAAAUCAUGCUUGGGUGGGAUCCAAAGGGCAAGCAGGGACCAAUGACACCCCUUCCUGAUCUUGUGACGAUCCACACCCCCAAGGAGGAAGAGGAGCAGCCCUUCAGGUCAUCGCUGCCAGUUGCUGAUAUUGAGAUUGCUGAUGCUUAAAAUACAAUAGGAGCAAGACGAGAUAUUUCAAUAUUUGCAGUUGCAAGAUAGUCCGACUUCUGUUGGUAUCAGGAUUUCAUUGUGCACUCUUACAAUUUUUUGUAUCUAUUUAUUUGCCCCUGUUCUUUGGAUUUUCAUCCUUUUGAAAGGAUGAGAAGUGUUUUUGUUGACUGCUUUUUGUUUUUUGUAAGUUCAGAGCUACUUCCAUAAAUACUCUAAAAAAGGUUUUGCAAUGGAUUGUUUUGGUUAUUGGUGCUA